AUGGCUGAUCAGAUAGCCUAUACAGCACAAGAGAUCGCACCAGCGGUUCCCGGAUGGCUAAACAAAGGAGACAACGCAUGGCAAAUGACGGCAUCGACUCUGGUGGGAAUUCAGAGCAUGCCUGGACUUGUAAUCCUAUAUGCGAGUAUCGUGAAGAAGAAAUGGGCAGUCAACUCGGCUUUCAUGGCCCUUUAUGCCUUUGCAGCAGUUCUGAUUUGUUGGGUCCUUUUAUGCUACCGUAUGGCCUUUGGUGACGAGCUCCUCCCUUUCUGGGGGAAAGGUGCACCGGCUCUUAGCCAAAACUACCUCGUUGGCCGAGCCAAUGUCCCCGAGAGGGUCGCCACCGAGCCUCUUUAUCCCAUGGCAACGCUUGUAUAUUUCCAAUUCACUUUUGCUGCUAUCACUCUUAUUCUGCUGGCUGGUUCUGUUCUUGGUCGCAUGAGUAUCAGGGCAUGGAUGGCAUUUGUCCCACUUUGGCUUAUAUUCUCCUAUACCGUCGGAGCUUAUUGCUUCUGGGGUGGUGGUUUUCUCUAUCGAUGGGGUGCCAUCAACUACUCCGGCGGAUACGUGAUCCACCUUUCCUCCGGGAUCUCCGGUCUCACAGCCGCAUACUGGGUAGGCCCCAGGAUCAAGUGCGACAGAGAAAGGUUUAUUCCGAACAACGUUCUGCUGAUGCUUGCGGGUGCCGGAUUGGUGUGGAUGGGAUGGUCAGGGUUCAACGGAGGAGCCCCGUAUGCUGCAAGCAUUGACUCUUCGAUAGCAGUACUCAACACAAAUGUUUCCGCAGCAACCAGCAUUCUCGUCUGGACUUGUCUCGAUGUGGUGUACUUCGGGAAGCCUUCCGUUAUUGGUGCAGUUCAGGGAAUGAUUACCGGACUCGCUUGCAUCACACCAGGAGCAGGCUUGGUGCAAUCUUGGGCUGCUAUAAUCAUCGGAAUACUUGCCGGAAGUGUUCCAUGGGCAUCCAUGAUGAUCAUUCACAAGAAAUGCAGUUGGUUACAAAAGGUAGAUGAUGCUCUGGGUGUAUUUCACACGCACGCGGUGGCUGGCCUGAUGGGCGGUCUCCUCACGGGGCUACUGGCGGAGCCAAACCUCUGUAGGCUGAUACUGUCGAAGGACACAAGGGGUGCACUUUAUGGGGGGAAUGGAGGGGUUCAAUUGGCGAAGCAAAUAGUAGCGGCUUUCUUUGUAAUUGCUUGGAAUGUGACGUCCACGACGUUGAUUCUUCUAAUGAUAAGGCUGGUUAUACCAUUGAGAAUGCCGGAUAACCUGCUUGAGAUCGGAGAUGACGCCGUCCACGGAGAAGAAGCAUAUGCUCUUUGGGGAGAUGGAGAACAAUUUGAGCAAAGAAACUACGGUUGGCAUGCAGUGGAGGUGACAUCACCUACACCUUACAUCAAUGGUGCAAGAGGAGUAACCAUCGACCUGUAAUUAGCUGCGCAUAUGCAUUGGUUUUAGAUUUCAA